GAUCUCACAAUUCAUUCCUGAGAACCACUUUCACACAACUGGAUUAGUCCUCGCAUGUAAAUUAUUUCAAUUCUAUUUUGUAGCUUUUUUUUUUUUGUAAUUUUAAGACAUGGAGCAUGUUAACUCUUUAUGAACAUGUAAAUAACUGUUUGUAAGCGGAGUAGAUAAUUACUGAAUUGCAUCAUGCAGAAAUAAUAUUUUGGAGAGUGAUAAAUGGAAGAUGAUGCACGACUCUACUUUAUUCUGCCUCUGUUUAUUGAUCAUGAAUGGUGUGUUUGGCGCUGAUACAGAUGAAGUGAAGUCAGUAUCAGUGACUGAGGGAGAUUCUGUCGAUCUAGACACUAAUGUUACUGAAGUACAGACAGAUGAUCAGAUACUGUGGAUGUUUGGACCUCAAGAGACUCGUGUAGCUGAAAUAUAUAACCAGAAUAUCAAAAUGUAUAAUAGUGAUGAAACAUUUGUAGACAGACUGAAGAUAGACAGUCAGACUGGACUUUAUAAACUAUCUAUCUUCAGCAAAAGAGGAACCUCAUACAAGAGAUACAGCCUUACUGUCUAUGCUCUUCUGCCCAUUCCCAUAAUCACCAGAAACUCUUCACUAUGUUCUUCAUCAUCAUCAUCUUGUUCGCUGCUGUGUUCGGUGGUGAACGUGAGUCAUGUGACUCUCUCCUGGUACAAAGGAAACAGUUUAUUGUCCAGCAUCAGUGUGUCUGAUCUCAGCAUCAGUCUCUCUCUACCUCUGGAGGUGGAAUAUCAGGAGAAUAACACCUACAGCUGUGUGAUCAACAACCCCAUCAGAAACCAGACCACACAUCUGGACUUCAGUCAGCUCUGUCAGACAUGUCCAGGAUGGUUUGAUGUAAACCCAGUCUUUGCUGCAUGUGUGUCUGCUGCAGCUCUGCUUGUACUCGUGAGUGUGAUCUACUGUCUCUACAGGAAACACAAAAGAGCGACACAAAACAGUAAGCACUGUCUUCUGUACCUUUCUUCGCUUCAUUUGUUUUGCUUCCAGUCAAGCAAGCCUCUUUUACUUCUUCUGAAGAAUAUGAUUCGAUUGCUAUUCAUUUUAUGGAUCUUGGGAGAUGUGUCGCUUGUUGAAGCUUUUGGACCAAAGACAGCGUCGCAGUCUCUUGAAAUUCGCAGACAUGUUUUACCGUGUUCACCAUCAGACAAAAAAUGUGAGAUUAAGUGUUCAGCAUUCAAUGUUCAAGAAGCAAAUGUAACGUGGUUUAAAGGAAAUCAAGUUUGUUCACAAAUCAGUGUCAUUGCUCAUAACCCUAACCCCUCUCUAAACCUGGAGGUGGAAUAUCAGGAUAAAAGUAACUACACCUGUGUGCUCAACAGUCCCAGCAGAAACCAGAAUUUGACUGCCAACAUCGCUCACCUCUGUCAGGAAUGCAAGAAAAACAUGAUUCCGCUGCCAGUGAAGAAGGGAAAAUCUGUCACUCUGCACACUUUUACUUUUCGAACCAUAUCAAAGUAUUUUCAUAUCAUAUGGAUGUUUGGACCUCGUAAGAUUGUCAUUGCGGAAAUUCUGAAUAAUCAAAAGACGACUGACUGCGACGAGAGAUUCAAAGACAGACUCAAGCUCGACAGUCAAACCGGAGAUCUCACCAUCACCGACACCAAAAAAACAGACUCUGGAAUCUAUCAACUAGAGAUAUACGGUGACUCUUUUGACUGCAGUAUUUUCAAUUUAACUGUCAGUGAUCCUCUGCCAAGUCCUCAAAUUUCCAGUCACUCCGAUCGCUGUCCGUCCUCAGGCUCAGAAUGUGGAGUGGAGUGUUCAGUGUUGAACGUGAGUCACGUGACUCUCUCCUGGUACAAAGGAAACAGUUCACUGUCCAGCAUCACUGUAUUAGAUGUCAACUAUUUAUGCCUGAAGCUGGAUGUUAAGGAUAAUGGCAACUACAGCUGUGUGGUCUCCAAUUCCCUCAUCAAUGAGACUAAAUAUCUCAUCAUCGGUGAAGUUUGUUCAGACCACGGGGGUAAUCCCACUUGGAAGAUAAUUUUGAGAUGUGUUGUUGUUUUUGCAUUUUUUGUUGCUUUGAUAUGUUUGUUCAAGGAUCGACGAAGAAGAAACGCCCAGAGAUUAUGAAGACAGCAACCCUGCAUAUCAAAAUCAACCUUUGAUGAACCGUUCUUCUUUCAAAGAUGUUAAAAAUAGCAACAGUACUACCGUAUAUGUACGUUUGUUUACAAUAACGCAUAAAAACAAACAAACCCGUAUACUGUAUGUGGUGUUACGUUCAUCUUGUUAAUUUAUGACCACAAGAUGGCUCAAGUAGAGCAUUUAAAUACUUUCUCACACCGUUCCACAGCAACUAACUCAAACCUAAGCACACAUUUUAAAAUGAACGAGAUCAGUGAUAAU